UGAUCCAUUGCACUUCACCGCCUUAAUCUGCACAGUUCGAAUGUAACAUGUCCACGGUCCAACAGCACGUCAGACCUCGCGGCAGACUCUAUGCUUUUGGCUCGAAUGGCUCUGGUCAGCUAGGCAUAGGACAUAUGGAAGAUGUCUCCCGACCUGCAGAAGUUCUUCGGAACGAUGGAAACUCUAUCACAGGCGCCCUAUAUGUCGCUUGCGGAGGAAACCAUACCAUCGUAUGUCUCAACCACGAUGAGCUCGCGAGCACGGGAGAGAACGAGGACGGUCGAUGUAUCACUACCAGCGAAAAGGCCACUGACCGUCUAAACCCAUCAAUGCGGGCUAUCUUCAAUACUGGUGCAGCGGGCUUGCUUGCAGCCACUUGGAGUGCCACGUUCGUCGUGACUUCCACAGGCGCCGUGAUGGUCAGCGGUACAGGCAACUCUGGCGAGCUCGGACUUGGACACGGGAGGUUCUCUGCCCUGCAAGCCGAAACAAUCCCGAGUUUCCCACCUCCUGGGAGGAGCGUUGUGCGACUAUCAGCAUGCAUGGCGCAUGUGGUAGCCGUCUUGUCGAACGGUGAGGUAUGGGGUUGGGGCAAGGGUCGUAAAGGACAGCUCGGCAGACCAAGUGAGAAUGUCUGGACGCCGAGAAAAUUGGACGAUCUUGGAUUCUUCGCUAUUGAUGCUGUCUGUGGUAAAGACUUCACCUGCAUUUUCGGGAGUCCUUCAACUGGGGAGAUAGCAGUUCUUGGACCUAGCGGCAAUGAUCGUUUUGGUGUCAGAGCAAAUGCUGCAGCCGCAGUGCCAGGGUGGAAAGAGGUCGCGGCAUCUUGGGGAAGCAUCUUCGUCCUUCUGCAGACGGGUGAAGUCGUUGCAUGGGGAAGAGAUGACCAUGGUCAGCUUCCACCACCUAACCUUCCACCAUUGCAGGCCAUAGCCGCUGGUAGUGAGCAUUGCCUUGGUCUCACAGAAGCUGGACAGGUGUUAGCCUGGGGAUGGGGCGAGCAUGGCAAUUGCGGC